AUGGGCGGAACGGGGGGGGGGGAGAAUUUUUGUCUCUUUAUUUCCCUUUUGAUGGUUCUAUUCAAAUACUUGCUAAAAUCAAUAUCUAUCUAUCUAUCUAUCUAUCUAUCUAUCUAUCUAUCUAUCUAUCUAUCUAUCUCUGAUCAGCGGAUCUAUCUAUCUAUCUAUCUAUCUAUCUAUCUAUCUAUCUAUCUAAUUGUUUUUUCUUCUUUUCUUAAUCCUUAUUUUCAUUUUCUUUCCUCUCACUAUAAAUUCUUUCUUCUCACAUUCCCUCUUUCCUCCCACCACUCUCCAUUUUUCUUUCAUUUUCAUUCUUCCUCUUCUCCUCUCCUCCUCCUCCUCCUCCUCCUCCACAUAUCACCAGUCUCAACAAAGGCAACCUCCUCCUCACUCUCCCCAGAUUUGUCUUUUUUUUAUAUCCCCCUCCUUUCUCUCUCUUUGUCUUAUUCCUCUUCCCCUUUGCACUUUUCCACAUUCAAAGAAUGGAAUGACAACAGAUGCAUAUACUGCAGCAGCGACAUAUGCAACAGAACUACCCAAAGUUUGAAGCACUUGACAGAAAAAUAUAUAAAUUAUCUGGAUCUCUCUAUCUGUCUGUCUAUCUAUCUAUCUAUCUAUCUAUCUAUCUAUCUAUCUAUUUCAGUCUGUCCAUCUCUCACUCUCUCUUGCUCUCUAUCUCUUUAUUGA